CAAUGUAAUGUUAUUAGAUUGUCAAAUUCCCAAAAGCGAAGAAAUCUUACAAUAUUAUAGCGAAAAAACCGAGGAAAUAAACAAAAUACCUAAUUGUUUUGUAAAGAAGAAAUAAAACAAAGCUUAUAUUUUAAUCAACGACAAAAUAAAAUUGAAGAAAACAGACCGAUAAAAAUGUCAAAACGAUUUACAAAGCCCGCGAUAAAUUGGAUAGAAUUUGAGAAGAGAGUGCCACCUGAACAGAAAGGAAAAUUCCUGGCGUUUAAAGCUAAGGCCGAUAUGUAUUUGCGACGGAUGCAAGCGUUCCCUCCAGAGCUUCCGAAAAUUAAUUGGGAGGAAUAUGCGAAGAAAGUACCAGUACAAGGGCUAGUAGAGAAGUUUAAAUCGGAAUACGCACAGGUCAAGAUACCUUAUCCUGUAGAUACACUUUCAGUCAAAGUGGAUGAACAAUGGAAGUCUCUACAACCACAGAUAAAAUCUUAUUGUGCUGAUAGACAAAAAGAAAUCGAUGCAGCGCAAAAGGAACUUGACAAGAUAAACGCAUUGCCAAAGUUCGAUGAUAUUACACUGGAGAUGCUGUACGAUAUGAAUGGGGUUAAAGCCUUCGAUCCCGUAAAGCGACCCACAUUCUGGCCUCACACGCCAGAAGAACAGCCAGGAUAUAUGACGCCUGAACAAAAAGCACUUAAGGAAAAGAAACACUGAAAAAACUAUGGGUUGCUAGAUUUAAAAGAUAAAGUAUUCGAA